AUAAUGAAUAAAAUUAUUGUGUUGUUUAUUUAUUUUUUUUUGUUUUUAAAUUUUUUAAAAACAAAUUGUUUAAAACAGGAUGGGUGUCAUCACGCAUUAAAUGAUAGACCAGUUAUUGGAAUUUUAUCACAGCCAGCAUCAAGUGACAAAUAUAAAGAAUAUGGUUAUCAAUAUAUUGCAGCAUCUUAUGUCAAAUAUGUAGAAAGCGCAGGCGCUCGUGUAGUGCCAAUACUUUAUGAUCAAGACGAAGAUACACUAAGGAAAUUAUUAAAUUCUAUCAACGGUAUACUAUUGCCUGGUGGGGGUGUCUAUUUUGACGAGCAGCCAAUAUACAACAAAUCACUGUAUUUAAUUUGGAAUUAUGUGAUCGAAUCUAAUAAGCGUGGUGACUAUUUUCCGUUAUGGGGCACAUGUUUAGGCUUUGAAGAAAUAGUAUCGGUUGCUGCCAAUACUUUUGAUGUAUUAACAUCUUUUAAUGCUUCAAACUAUUCAAUCCCUUUAAAUUUAACAGAUCAAGUUUUAAAUUUAUCAAGUAAUAGUUUAUUAUUUAAAGAAAUGCCGUUAGAAAUGUUAAAAACCAUUUCAAAUGAACCAAUUACAAUGAAUAAUCAUAGAAUGGGUCUAUCUGUCGAAACAUUUAACAACUUUACAUCGCUGCAUCAAUUCUUUGAUAUCCUAUCACUAAACGAUGACAAAAGUGGCAAUACUUUCAUAUCAGUUAUAGAAUCCAAAGAAUAUCCAAUCUAUGCAGUUAUGUUCCAUCCUGAAAAGCCAUUGUUUGAAUGGUACGAAAAAGAAGAUAUCA